AUGGCGGACUCAGCGGCAACCGGCGCAAAUGUCGCCGAGCAGUACUCGCUGCUCCCCAAGCUCAUGCCCAACCUCGACCGCCAUCUCGUCUACCCGCUCCUCAACUUCUCCAGCGAUGAAGACGCCGACCAGACCGUCGAGCAGAAGAAGCUGCUGCUCGAACUGCUCAAGCCCACCAACAUGACGGAUUUCGUCGGCCAGCUGCACCAGGAGGUCCACGGCCUCGACGACAUGUCCGACGAGUUCAAGACCAAGCGCGACGAGGUCCUCAAGAAGCGCGACCAGCUCGAGGAGGCCACCAGCAAGAUCAGCGGCCUGCUCGACGACGAGAACGUCGUCACCAACCUGCGCAGCGACAAGCAGCAGAACUUGGCAUACCUGAAGGAGAGCCACGGCGUCGACUUGGACAUGAUCAACCAGCUGCUCGAGUUUGGCCAGUUCCAGUACUCGUGCGGUGUCUACCCACACGCCGCUGAGCUGCUCUACCGCUUCCGCGUUUUGACCACCGACGGCGACAAGGAGCGCGAAGCCACCUGGGGAAAGCUCGCCUGCGAGAUCCUCUCCGUCAACUGGGACUCGGCCAUGGAGGAGAUCAACAAGCUCAAGGAGAUCAUCGACACACGCCUCUUCAACAAUCCCCUCGCACAGCUCCAGCACCGCACCUGGUUGAUCCACUGGUCGCUCUUCCCCCUCUUCAACCACGAAUCCUCGCGCGAAACCCUCACCGACAUGUUCUUCUCCCCCGCCUACAUCAACACCAUCCAGACCAACUGCCCAUGGAUUCUGCGCUACCUCGCUGCUGCCGUCAUCACCGGCCGCAACCGUGGCAGGAACUCGAACCAGUACCAGAAGCAGCUCAAGGAUCUCAUCAGGAUCGUGCGACAAGAAGGCUACGAGUACAAUGACCCCGUCACCGACUUCAUUAAGGCUCUGUACAUCGACUUUGACUUUGAAGAGGCGCAGAAGAAGCUCAGCGAGACGGAGGAGAUCUUGAAGAACGACUUCUUCUUGUUGGGCGCCGCAGACUUGUUUGUCGACUCAGCGAGACAUCUCAUCUCGGAGAGCUACUGCAAGAUCCACCAGAGAAUCGACAUCAAGGAUCUCUCGACCCGCCUCGGUCUUUCACAAGACGAGGGUGAGAAGUGGAUCGUCAACCUCAUCCGCGACACUCGCGUAGACGCAAAGAUCGAUUACCAAGCCGGCACAGUCGUCAUGAACCACCCACCACAGUCCGUCUACCAACAAGUCAUCGAGAGGACAAAGGGAGGCUUCUUCAGGACACAGGUCCUGAGCGCAGCUGUUGCGAAAUGA